CAGGAGAGUUCGUAUGUGCGCCGUAAAAUUUCAAAACGCUCUGACGUUUUUGAUCGUUUUUGAUUUCAUAUAAGCCGUCGGCAUGUCCAAAAAAGAUCUCAUUGAAGUAAGUCGUCGAUGGGUAACUCACAAGCGCGUGCAAAAAAACGGCGGAAAAUGACGAGUCCAGUAGUUAUCGCUGCUACGGCCAAACACACAGCUACGCUUAUCUUUUUCCAUGGGCUAGGUGAUACAGGACAUGGCUGGGCUAGCUCCAUGGGUUCCGUACGGGCUCCUCACAUUAAAGUCAUUUGUCCAACAGCUCCUACCAUGCCGGUGACAUUGAAUGCAGGAUUUAGAAUGCCAUCUUGGUUCGAUCUACGAUCCUUGGAUCCAAGUGGUCCUGAAGAUGAGGAAGGAAUACGUAGAGCUGCAGAUACUGUCCAUUCGUUAAUCGCACAGGAAGUUGCAGCAGGAAUCCCAACAAAGCGAAUUGUUAUAGGUGGUUUCAGUCAAGGAGGUGCACUCGCUAUGUAUAGUGCUUUAACAUUUCCUGAACCACUGGCUGGUGUCAUAGCACUCUCAGCCUGGCUUCCAUUGCAUCAGAAGUUUCCUGCAAUUGCAGUAGGCAACAAAAAUGUACCUUUAUUGCAAUGCCAUGGUGAUUGUGAUCCAAUUGUCCCAUACAAAUGGGGACAAAUGACUGCGUCUCUCUUAAAACAGUUCAUGACCCAAACGGAGUUUAAGACGUAUCGAGGAAUGAUGCAUACGUCCUGCGACGAGGAAAUGCGCGACAUGAAGAAAUUCAUCGAAGAAGUACUGAAGCCACAAUAGAUGAAAUUAAUUGUAUCGGUAUUUAAAUCGUCGCUCUAACUAUCCAAUUAAUAAUUAUUGAAUGAAUUUAUCCAAUAAUUUAUUCCAAACAAAAAGAAUUACCUAUUACUACUUAAUUUUAGUAACUCGUAUAACGGAGUGACAAAUGAUAGUAGGUAGAAAUUCCAUUGAUACAUUACGGGGAGUAGACUAGAGAACAAGAAGUAAAAAUAAUGGCUUUCUAGAACGUGAUAAUUUUAUUUCCACCCUACUCUUGAACGAGAUUCAAAUACGCUUUUCAAGUUAAACUCAUCUCUCUCUUUCUCUCUGUCUAUCCAUAUCUCUCUCUUUCAUACACAAUCAUGAUACACGCCUGUGCUAAUCCCGUGAUAUACUGUAAUAUAAAUAAAUGAUCUAACAAUUGCCUACGUAGAGAUGAGAUGCCAAUUUAAUUUUUUAACAUUGACAAAUGAUGGACGCUAAUUCUGUUAAUUGAUUCAUUAUUAUAUAUAGCAAUCAUCUAUUAUACAUUGAAGGAAUCGGUAAGAUUUCCUACGCAGAGUUAGCAUCGUACCGUGUGGUGGUGAUAACCCAUAUCUAAAUAUGCGAGAUUGUCGAGUAAUAUUUUUGGAAUCAGAUGUAUCUGUAAUGAUAAAGAAAGAAAGAGAAAAGAGUAUACAAUUGUAUCAACGGUUAACAAUGAAAUGGGUAAACAUUCGACACUGAAGUUUUCAGUUAAACAAUUGAAUUUAGUCCGUAUAGGAAUCAAAAACUAUAAAUCGCUAUUCGUUAUCGUCACAAAGAUGUAUAAUCGAUCUACGAGUAAAAUAUGAAAUCUGGAGAACUCUUUUAUGUUGAAAUUAUUAAGAAUUCACAUUUUCCAACGUAGACCGACUAUGUAAUUGAUGAGCAUGUGCAUUGUUAUGCAAAACUUUUUUCAUGUUUCAUGCAUAUAGUUCAGGCCGUAGUAUUAGUACUAGUGAUAGUAUAAUCAAUAACAGCGACGAUAAGCUCGAAAAUGAAAGAAUAAUACCUUGAAGCAUAAUUAAUACGUGACAGACAGAAUUUCAGGUAUGUUUAAAAUUCGAGUCUUUCUUGGAACUGAAAAAGAGAGAAAAAUCAGCGAGCAACAAUUACCAAUGGAAGGAGCAAAACGAGAUCCAUCAUUUGAGUUUGUAAUAUCUAAUGAGGAGUUUUAUAAAUAUUUAUUUUCCUUAAUACUAUUUAUUCUCACUCUUCCGUUUAGGGUCCCGUUGUGUUCUCAUUGCGUAUCGCCUACUUGAAAUAAUAGUAGAACUAAUAAUACUAACAACAACGGAAAUGUCACUUGAUGUAAAUCAUACAAUACAAAUUUGAUUUGGCAGUAUUUAUCAACUAUGUGAACUUUCGAAAAGAAAUGUUUUGUUUUUGCGAUAUAGUCUGCACAAAUGUUUGUACAGGCGUACAUUAUGGAAUUACAGAUGCUUUUGCAAAUCUUUCAUUAUCCAGAUGCACUAAAACAAAACUAGAACUUCAGGGUAAAAAGUGGGCAUGCUGUUUUUUUUGGCCGCAGCUUUAACACGGCUUUCUAUAUGUUUGUUUCUUCAAUCUAUUUUCUGAACUUCCAUGAUGAUUGUUUGUGAGAGCUAUCCGAUAAAACUCCCAACAAAUACAUAAGAACAGACUAGUAAUGGGCACUAACUGACCCACUGUAUCUACCAGCCAACCAAUAACGGUUUAGUACUGAACCAGACUUAUGUAUUUGCUGGGCAUUAACAAAUAGACGUUCUAAUCACAUUGUGUACUUUAAUAAUAAAAGUCAAAGUAGUUUCAAAGACCGCAGUUAAUAAUCGAAUGGCUAAAAGAAAUACGCAAGACAUAUAAAUUAAAACUUUGUAAUAGUUUACAAGACUGCCAAAAAUAUUGUAUGCUUACCUUCUUCCUUAUCCUCGCUUUGCAAUAAAAGACCGAGAGAGUCUUACUACUUAUAGUAAUUGUUUAGGGUGAGGCAGUUAAACUAGAAAGAACUAAAUAACUGUAACUCUUGCUCUUGUUACGUCCAGAAAAAGAAAAAAAAAUAUGCAACUUUUGCCUUAUGGAGCGAGUUUAUUGUGAUUCAAGUACCGAAAGAAUUGUGGGAAGCGAUCUGUGCAAAAUCUCAAAAAGAGCUUAUAGUUGCGUUUAACCGUUGUUGCGUAGUACGAAGUUCAAGCGAGAAGAGACAUUGUGAAACUUAGUACAAGUACAAAAGUUGUGCGUGCGAAUUUGAAAUCGUUCCCAAAUUUUGUCCUAGACUUGUACAGCGGAAACGGACAAGAAUGGACUUCCGUCUAGUAGUGUUAU